CAACAGUAUCUACAAAUACCGUGUCUAUGUAUGAUGUACAUGUCAGUGAUAGAAGCUUGUCAACAGGUCUCGGUGGUAGUAAUGUGUUAGACAGCAUGAACUUUGUGUCGAGCAGUAAUGUGUUAGACAGCAUGAGCUUUGUGUCGAGCAGUAAUGUGUUAGACAGCAUGAACUUUGUGUCGAGCAGUAAUGUGUUAGACAGCAUGAACUUAGUGUCGAGCAGUAAUGUGUUAGGCGGCAUGAACUUAGUGUCGAGCAGUAAUGUGUUAGACAGCAUGAACUUAGUGUCGAGCAGUAAUGUGUUAGACAGCAUGAACUUAGUGUCGAGCAGUAAUGUGUUAGGCAGCAUGAACUUAGUGUCGAGCAGUGAUUUGUUAGAUAGCAUGAACUUAAGGUCGAGCAUUGUAGUGGUAGACACGAAUAUUGUGUCAAGCUCCGGCGUAGUAGGCACACCGUCUGUGACAACACACUCAGAUGGGCAGACGUUAGACAGCAACAUCAACCACAGCAUGCAUUCUAGUGUCGGUGCAAGCCUGUCCAGCAUAUCGGCUACAGAUGGUGUCAGUUCUGUGUUCGUGAUGUCUGUAAAUAGCAUGAUGACAGGUAGUGUGUUACCAAGCAUGUCAGGCCUUAGUUUGCUUACGUCAACCAGUGUCCCGAAUGGCCUGCAUGCAAGCAUGGUUUCUAGCAGUGUACAAACAACCGCGGUUGUCACAUCAGAGACAAUUGGUGUGGCAGUUAGUAGCAUGGAUGACAGCAUGGUUACUAUGGCUACCGGUGACGCAUAUACAAGCAUGUUAGGUGCUUCUGCUACUAUAUCUACACCAUACAACAGCAUGGAUGGAAGCAUGGUUACUAUGGCUACCGGAGACGCACAGGCAAGCAUGAUACAUGCUUCAAAUACGGCAUUUAGCAGCAUGGACGGAAGCAUGGCAACUGUAGACGCACAAACAGGCUUGACAGGUGCGACUGCCAGUACCAGCACGCCAUUCAACAGCCAGAGUGUGAGUGUGGUUACUAUGGUUACUGGAGACGCACAGACAAGCAUGGUGGAUGGUGGCAUGGCUUCUACGACGUCUGGGGAUACCCAGUUCAUCACGAUGGAUGCAUCAUCUACUCUCGCUACAGCGCUCAACGGCAUGGACGGAUCAGUUGGAGCAUCUACAGGAACGGCUUCUCUUGGUGGAUCUGGAGCUGCAACGUUGACCACAGAGAUGUCUGUAAGUGCCAGCAUGGCUUCUGGCCUGGGAGGUGGCACUGUUGUCAACAGCAUGGUGAUGACGUCCACGAGUGGAUUUGUGGAUGCUACGACCUCUCCUGCAGCAGAUAGCACCAACACUGUCAUCCCAUCUGUGUCAUCAGACAGCAGUUUGGCAACUGACGGGUUGUCAACUUCAGCAUCGACAGGUAUACUUCCUUCAACUGUAGCAGCGUCUAUUGUGGGACUUACUACAGGCGGAGGCAUGCAAGCGUCGUUGACAACAGCUACAGUCGCUCCUUCAUCUACUCAGGCUGUAGAAGCCUCCUCAGCAGUCAUAUCAACUACUUCGACAACAACAACGGCCACGACAAGUCUAACAACGACUACAACAACUACUCGAGCGCCGGUGAUCACGAUGGACAACCCGCCUGCUCUGCUCCACACGGAGACCUCAGUGUCCUGCACCCUGGAAGGCGAAGGGUGGAAUUUGGUAGGGUUCUUCCAGUUUUUCCAAGGACAGUUCCGUGCCAUUGCCGGCUUCACCUCUGACGGCAACAACAACGUCUUCCUGAGUCAAGGUCUCUCCUCCAGUCGGUACAACGACACCAACAGCACCACAUUCAUCAUCACAUUUGACAACAUCACCUGCCAGCAGGACACGACCUAUCUCUGUGCUGCUAAUUUCGCUACAGCCAGUAUAAACGACUUCGGGAGGCUUAAGGUCACUUUGCCCCCGGAGCCCCCGAUCGUGACGUACCCAGGAGAUAUUCAAGAAAACGCCGAAGUAACUCUGACUUGUGAGGCAACCGUCAUAGCAACAGACGGCGACCUCUACUGGGCUAUCAAGCGACCAGGGGAGACAACCUUCCUUCGUCAUGACUUCCCCGAUGACACCAGGGUAGAAUCGUUGGGGGAUUGCACAAAGACCAUCACUCACACAUUAACAACAACGUUUAAUACGAGUUUUAAUGGCACCGAGGUUCGAUGCCAAUCUUCUUAUCCCGAUGACGUGUCUUCCUCGAAGACAUUGUUGAUCGUUCCGUCUAACUUGUGCGAUCCCUACCCUGCUAACUCUCUUGUUACUCAUCCCUAUGACUGUAACAAAUAUAUCAUCUGUAUACCCGGCGCACGGCUAACCCAGAACUGCCCGGGCACGCUAUGCUUUGAUCAGGACAUACAGCAAUGUGUGGAAAAUACAAAUAACCAAGGAACGGCGGACGACGACCCCUUCAGCUGUGACGGGAAGACCAACGGCGCCUACAUUCCCUGGCGGGACUCGUGUACGAAAUACGCAUGGUGCGUCAAUGGACAACCGAUUGAACAGACAUGCGCAACGGGAACCUUUUAUACUCAAUUCGUAGGACCUUGUACAUUUGACAAAGUAUCGGCUUUUUGUGAUGAAUCCCAACUAGUGGGAUAGUGACAGUGGUUCUGGUGUCUUGACUUUCAUAAAGCGCAUGUCAACUUAAGACAUGUCGACUGUACAUGUUCCUAUUCAUACGUGCCUUCUGAUCUAUGUAACAGACUUUGUUGAAAUCCAUAUAACCAAAGUACCAUUCAGACGCCAUUUUGAUGUUAAUGGCAUGGCCAACUAGCGUCCUGGUGGAAUGUCUUGGUGAUUAUCUGUGUAAUGUCAGAAAGGACAGGCAUGACUGAUAUCUCACCACUUUCAUGACCUGAGUUAUCCGCGGGAUCCAAAUGUAACGAUCUUCAAUUGGCUGUGAAUUUAUCCCCUAUCGCUCUGAGUGCAGCGUUAAACAACAAACAAACA